GGAUGCUCCAAGCACCGGACCGGAGCGACCAGGGCAGCCGGGCCCCGGAGCGGGGCUCUGAUGUGCUGGGUCGUGCCUGAACAAGGCAUUGGGCUGCAUCUCCCCCACGGCUGAGUCCUGGCCCCCGGUGUUGCAGGGUACUUGCAGAGCACAGGGCAGGCUGUGCUGAGAGAGCUGCAUGGAGCAAAGCGCCAUGGCUCAGACCAAGGGCACGGUGGUGCUUGCCUACAGCGGGGGCCUCGACACCUCGUGCAUCCUGGUGUGGCUGAAGGAGCAGGGCUAUGGUGUCAUUGCCUACCUGGCCAACAUUGGGCAGAAGGAAGAUUUUGAGGCAGCACGCAAGAAAGCUCUGGCCCUGGGGGCUCAAAAGGUUUACAUCGAGGACGUCAGCAAGGAGUUCGUGGAGCAGUUCAUCUGGCCCGCCGUGCAGGCCAACGCUCUCUAUGAGGACCGGUACCUGCUGGGCACGGCGCUGGCUCGGCCCUGCAUCGCCCGAGGGCUGGUGGAGGUGGCCCAGCGAGAGGGAGCCCAGUACGUUGCCCAUGGGGCCACUGGCAAGGGCAAUGACCAGGUUCGGUUCGAGCUCACCUGCUAUGCUCUAUGUCCUAAGAUCAAGGUCAUCGCACCAUGGAGGAUGCCUGAGUUUUACCAGCGCUUCCCUGGGCGCCGCGAGCUGAUGUACUAUGCAGAGAAACACGGGAUCCCCGUGCCCGUGACGCCCCAGACACCCUGGAGCAUGGAUGAAAACCUCAUGCACAUCAGCUACGAAGCCGGGAUCCUGGAGAACCCCAAGAAUCAGGCUCCCCCUGGGCUCUACACAAAGACCCGUGAUCCGGCCACUUCUCCCGACACCCCGGAUGUGCUGGAGAUCAAGUUUGAACGGGGUGUCCCUGUGAAGGUCACCAAUGCUGGGGAUGGAGCCACUCACUGCACAGCACUGGAGCUCUUCGUGUACCUGAAUGACAUCGCGGGCAAGCAUGGCGUUGGGCGCAUCGACAUCGUGGAGAACCGCUUUGUUGGGAUGAAGUCCAGAGGUAUCUAUGAGACCCCAGCGGGAACGAUCCUAUACCACGCGCAUUUAGAUAUCGAGGCCUUCACCAUGGACCGGGAAGUACGGAAAAUCAAGCAGGGGCUCGCCUUGAAAUUCUCCGAGCUGGUUUACAAUGGCUUCUGGCACAGCCCUGAGUGCGAGUUCCUGCGGGAGUGCAUCGGGCGCUCGCAGGAGGCCGUGGAGGGCACCGUGCGCCUCUCAGUGCUCAAGGGGCAGGUCUACAUCCUGGGCAGGGAGUCCCCGCGCUCGCUGUACAACGAGGAGCUGGUGAGCAUGAACGUGCAAGGGGACUACGAGCCUGCCGAUGCCACCGGCUUCAUCAACAUCAACUCUCUGAGGCUGAAGGAAUAUCAUCGUCUCCAGAGCAAGGUCACCGUACAGCAGGAUGAAUAGCCAUCAAUUGCGCGGGAGCCUUCCCCGCUCCCCCUUUUGCUGAUUUCUCUUCAGGACUAGGGCUAAUUGUGGUGGUAAUUUGUGAUUGUAACUUGUCCUCCCGGAGGUGAUGGCUUUGUUAUGGGGCAAGCAGUGAAAUGCAAUCAUUAAAUAAAGGUGGUUGGCUGGAGGAGAAGUGGAGGGGAAAGGAAUAAAACCCCAGCCACACGCACGGAGUCCGUUCAUUGAGAGCCAGGCUUUAUUCCUGCCUUGUUUGUUUGCUCUUCUGGCCCAGCGCUUCCCCGA